AUGUCUAAGAGAGCUUUCCGAGAGGGCAGCUCGGAUGUCGAGUUCGUCGCCGAAAAGCGAUUCAGGUCAAGCUGCCUGCAACCCGCCCGCGAAGACUACACAGUCGGAUGGAUAUGCGCCAUCCCCGUUGAGCUCGGUGCGGCCAAAGCCUUCCUCGACGAGGUACACGAAAAGCCUGGCCAUAUACCACAUGACGACAACGAGUAUACCCUCGGAAGGAUAGGCCAGCAUAAUGUCGUUAUCGCUGUACUGCCCAGCGGAGAAUAUGGCACGGCGUCUGCCGCGAUCGCCGCGCGAGACUUGGAACGCAGCUUUCCGUGUAUUGACAUCCGUCUUAUGGUGGGAGUUGGUGGCGGCGCACCGAGCUCAAAGCACGACAUACGCCUAGGCGAUGUCGUCGUGAGUGAACCUCGAGAUGGCCAUGGCGGUGUGUUUCAAUACGACUUUGGCAAGACAGUGCAGAACCGGAGUUUCCAUAUGACAGGGUUUUUAGACCAGCCUCCAAGGCGAUUACGAACGGCAGUGAGCGCUCUGAAAUGUACACAUAUGAGCGAGGGCUGCGGUAUCCAGAAUACCAUCGCAGCUCUUUUUGACCGGUCACCUCGACUGCGAAAUAGCUAUUCACGGCCGAAUACCUCUACCGAUCGCUUAUACAUCAGCCAUAUUGAGCAUCCUACGGGCGAUGAUAGAAGUUGCGUGGAUGCAUGCGGUAGUUCAACUUCCGAUAUGAUCCGCCGAGAAGAACGCACCGAGGAGGAGGCACUGGUCGUCCACUAUGGCUUGAUCGCCUCGGCAAAUCAAGUGAUGAAGGAUGCACUGUCGCGGGACAAGCUUGCAAGUGGCAAGGACGUUCUAUGCUUUGAGAUGGAGGCUGCUGGGCUGAUGAACAAUUUCCGUUGCUUGGUGAUCCGUGGCAUUUGCGACUACUCCGACUCGCACAAGAACAAAGGAUGGCAAGGGUAUGCAGCAUUGGCGGCUGCUGCGUAUGCCAAAGAUCUCUUGAGCCACUUGGCACCUUCCACGACAUCUUCAUUCAGGCAUGAUCACGGGCCGGCAUCGUCAUUGUCAGCAAGCCCAGCACCAACCAAACACAGCUUGCUCAGCGGAGAUAUCAGAGCGGCUCUACUGGACUCUCUCAGGUUUGACCAGAUUGAUGCGCGUCUGACCAACAUCAAGAGACCGCAUCUUCGGACUUGUAGCUGGUUAUUGCGAAAGUCCGAGUACCUCGACUGGCUGAACCCCGACAAACUUGCCGAACACCAAGGCUUUAUCUGGAUGAGGGGGAAGCCUGGAGCAGGCAAGUCGACCAUCAUGAAAUUUGUGUUGGACAAGACACGGAAGAAGUACAAAGAUUGGUCCAUCAUUUCAUUCUUCUUCCAUGCACGAGGAGUUGAUCUGGAAAAGUCGACUAUCGGCAUGUACCGAUCCCUCCUGGUCCAGCUCCUAGAAGGACGGGAAGAACUACAGCUCUCCCUCCAAUCGCUUGGCUUCACAGACAUCAACAGCAUCCAUAAUUUGACUUGGACUGUUGAGCGACUCAAAGAUCUGUUUGAGGACGUGAUCUGUCUGCUUGGACAGUCUGCUGUGGUCUUUUUCAUAGACGCCUUGGACGAAUGCGAUGAAGCUUCGAUUCGCGACAUGGUCGAUUUUCUCCGGAGGCUAGGAGAGCUGGCGAUAUUACACCACGUCCAAUUCCGCGUCUUCUUCUCGAGCAGACAUUACCCUCACAUCACUUGCGGCCAGGGUCUCAGUCUAGUGCUGGAGGGACAGGAAGGACACGAGGAAGACAUCGUGGCUUACACCCAUAAGCAGCUCGCAAUUGGUCAAAGCCGACUUGCCGUCCAGAUCAAGGAAGACAUUCGCCAAAAGGCUGCUGGUGUUUUCAUGUGGGUCGUCCUGGUGGUCGAGAUCCUGAACAAGGAACACGAUCGAGGCCGCGCUCCACGCCACCUUCAGGCCAAGCUGAAAACCCUACCUACCGAUCUGCACUCACUCUUCCGCGAUAUACUGGUGCGAGAUGAGAAAAACAAAGACGAAUUGCUUCUCUGCAUACAAUGGGUGCUCUUUGCGAGACAGCCUCUCAGUCCAGCCCAGUUGUACUGUGCCAUCCUGUCAGGCACUAACCCGUCAGAGCUUUCGAAAUGGGACCCUGAUGAGAUCUCUCUGGACACCGUGGAACGAUCCAUCCUGAACUCGUCGAAGGGAUUGGUCGAGAUCACAAGGUCGAAGGUUCCCAGUACUCAAUUCAUUCAUGAAUCUGUCAGGGAUUUUCUCUUAGCAAACGAUGGGAUCGAGACGAUUUGGCCUCACUUGAGACAAAAUUUCCAAGGUCUGAGUCACAACCAGUUGAAAGGCUGCUGCCUUGCGUAUAUGCAAAUGCUUGACGUACGUCGAAUGGACCCUGACGACCCGCUUCCGGACGCGAAGUCUGCUGAAGCCAAAGCUCUGAGGGCAAAGACAAGCGAAGAUUUUCCCUUUCUGAAGUAUGCCGCACAAAAUAUCCUUUAUCACGUCGAAGAAGCACAGUCUGGUCAAGUACAGCAGACAGAUUUUCUCUCAAGUUUUCAGAGACGUGACUGGCUUUUCAUCCUCAAUCUGUUCGAAGACGCCGAUGUACGCCGCCACAGCCCGGACGCGAGCCUACUUUAUCUUCUGGCGGAGUACGGCUCGCCGAGCUUGAUCAGAGAAUAUGAUACAGACCAAUCCUGCUUCGACGUGGAAGAUGAGCGAUAUGGAACACCUAUAUUUGCCGCGCUCGCUACCGGCACCGAUGAAACAGUCCGGGCGCUUGUGGACACCAACAUCGAUCGCCUUCCGCCAGGAUCUCUCCAACCUCUUUGUCAACGGUAUCUCGAGGGAAGUGAGAAACCCAAGAGAAUUGGCCGAAAUUUUAGAUUUAUGAAAUCGAGGACGGUCAUAUCUCAAAUAGUAGAGUUGGAUGACUCUGUGUUACUCGCUCUUCUUUUGUCUUUGAAGAAGGAUACAGCAGUCAAUUCCAAGGACCGUGGUCGAACUCUCCUAUCUUGUGCCGCGGAAAGCGGAAAAACAGAAAUUGUGCAAGUGCUCCUCGAUACAGGAAAGGUUGCCACUGAUUCGCGGGAGCCAGGGUUGGGUACUAGAGAUCGAACGCCACUCUCAUUCGCUGCCCAGGAAGGGCACGAGAAAAUCGUGCAAUUGUUGCUGGCCACAGGCAGCAUCGACCCUGACUCCAAGGACUCCUCAGGCUGCACACCACUGUCAUUGGCUGCAAGGAAAGGGCAUGAGGCUGUUGUCCAACUGUUACUAGAGAAAGACGGCAUCGAUCCUGAUUCCAAGGACUGCUUGGACCGCACACCACUGUCAUGGGCUGCAUGGAAUGGGCAUGAGGCUGUUGUCAAACUCUUACUAGAGAAAGACGGCAUCGAUCCUGAUUCCAUGGACUACUCGGGCCAAACACCGCUGUUAAUGGCUGCAUGGAAUGGGCAUGAGGCUGUUGUCAAACUCUUACUAGAGAAAGACGGCAUCGAUCCUGAUUCCAUGGACUCCUCGGGCCGCACACCACUGUCAUUGGCUACACGUAGUGGGCAUAAUGCUGUUGUCCAAUUGUUGCUGGCCACAGGUCAAGUCAACCCCGACUCCAGCUAUACUGGUGCUUUUGAGAAGGGCCGUACACCACUGUCAUAUGCUGCAGAGAAGGGGCUACAAAGAAUAUUGCAGCUGUUACUGGACACAGGUAGAGUCGACCCCGACUCCAAGGACUACAGGGGUCGAACACCACUAUCAUAUGCCGCAGAGAACGGGCACGGGGAGGUCGUUCUAUUGCUACUAAACACGGGCAGGGUCCACCCGAAUUCGGAAUCCGUCACUCGCUGGCACGGUCUCCAGACACCAUUGUCAUAUGCUGUGAGGCGAGAACACAAGGAAGUUGUACAGCUGCUGAGAAAUGCAGGCGGCAUGCUCCCUUCCAGUUGCGAAUAUUCUGUGUAA